GCGAAGCGCGGAGCCGCCCAGGCUCCCGCCAAAUACGAGCGGGAGAAGCUGGCGCGCCCCGGUCCUUGCGGCCGCCGGGGGAGGAGCCAGGGCCGCGUUCCGCGGCCGGGAUAGGGCAGCCAUGGAGUGCAGAGACAAGCCAGUUAUUCCUACAAGGAAGCUAGUACAAGCACGGUUGCCUUUCAAGCGUUUGAAUCCUGUACCAAAGGAGAAAUAUGACACAGGCAACGAAGUCAAGAAAGCAAAGAGCUCACAAGGUGUUGGUCAAAAUAAAGAUUCCAGUCUAAAUCUGUCACAUGGAUCCUUGGACAAUAUGGAGAAUGACUGCCAGCUGGAUUCUGAAAUGCAGUUCACUCCCAAACUUGUUAACGGAAAGGGUCCGUUAGAUAACUUUGUACAGAAAAACAUGAAAAAUAACGUGAGAGAAACUGUACUCAUAUUUGACUUGACAGAGGACUCUAACCACACAUUAAGUGAUGGCCUAGACCACAGUAAAUUAAAUUCAGAACCAUCUUCAUCUGUAGAGACAACUAAUGGUAUGAUAGAAGAUACAAACCAGUCAACUCCAUUAAAGCAUGUUCAGAAUGCCCAAGUGGAUGUUUCAAUGGAUACCAAUCCACCUUGUGAAGCUACUGCACAUAAGGAUGAAGACUCAAUAGAUGUAACCAAAUCGUGUUCUGAAUUAUCAAAUACACAGUGUAAUAAUUUGGAGAAUGAGAGUGAACUCAAGGGUGUUAUAUUUGAGGGGAAGAUGCCUGUAGUAGUUCUGGAGGAUAUUAUGACUGUGAGAUCUCCCCAUGUUAUGUCUUUGGAAGGAAGUAUGACCUCAGAAAGUGAGACAAGGGAAUCUUCUCCUGAAGGAGACUCUAUACUUACUAAUUCCUCAUUAAGCUCCCCCUCUUCUACCAGCUCACCUGAGGCACAGCCUAUCCCACUGAACAGGAGUGAUACUAGUCCUUUAGCUGCUUCAAUACCUGUUCGGAAGGUGUAUCAGAAAUUCCUGAAAAGUUCUGCGGAGAAGGAGAAGCUGAGAUUGCAAAGAGAUCAAGAACGUGCAGAUAAGCUGCAGAAGUUGCAAGCAGAAAAGGAGGAAAAAGGGAGGCUGAAAGAAGAGGCAAAAGCUGCAAAAGAGCGGGCCAAGGAAGAGGCGAAGAAGAAGAAGGAGGAAGAGAGAGAACUGAAAGAGAAGGAAAGGAGAGAGAAGAAGGAAAAAGAUGAAAAGGAAAAGGCUGAGAAGUUACGAGUGAAGGAGGAAAAACGCAAGGAGAGACAGGAAGCUUUAGAGGCAAAACUUGAAGAGAAAAGGAAGAAAGAAGAGGAGAAACGGUUAAAAGAGGAGGAAAAGCGUGUUAAUGCACAGAAGGCAGAAAUCACCAGGUUCUUUCAGAAACCAAAGACUCCACAAGCCCCCAAGACCCUUGCUGGCUCCUGUGGGAAAUUUGCUCCCUUUGAAAUUAAAGAGAACAUGGUCCUGGCUCCACUCUGUCGUGUUGCCUUUGAUCAGGACCUCUCAGAUCAGUUAGAUCAGCUCCUACAAGCACAGAAUCAUGACAUUUCUUUCUUGGAAGAACUAAAGUGCCGCAGGCCACAUAAAACUGGACCUACCAUUGUCUGUUACCGCAGUGCUGACAUAGUCAACAGUGAUGUGGUGAUAGUGGAUAGCUGCAAAAUGGACAAUGUUCCUGAAAGGAAGAAAUUUGGCAGGAUGAAACUCCUACAGUUUUCUGAGAAUCAUCGACCUGCAUACUGGGGCACAUGGAAUAAGAAAACUACUGUCGUUCAUCCCAGGAAUCCCUGGUCAAAGGAUAAUAAACUGCUCGACUAUGAGAUAGAUAGUGAUGAAGAGUGGGAAGAGGAAGAACCAGGAGAAUCUCUCUCUCACAGUGAAGGGGAUGAUGAUGAUGAAGGAGGAGAAGAUGAAGAUGAUGAUGAUGGCUUUUUUGUACCCCAUGGGUACCUAUCUGAGGAUGAAGGAGUGACAGAAGAGCAUGAUCCAGAGAAUCAAAAAGUUCGUCAGAAGCUGAAAGCAAAGGAGUGGGAUGAACUGAUAGCCAAGGGGAAAAGGUUCCAUGUUCUGCAGGCUGUGAAGAUUGGCUGCAUCUGGGAAACAGAAGAAAGCAAAAGCAGUGCAGAUGCAGACCUAAAGGUGCUUCAGCAGUUUGCAGUUUGUAUUCUGGAUUCAUCUCUUGCUGAGGAAGAGCAGAUGCAGAAGACUAGCAAAAAAAGGACAAAAGACCAGCAAAUCCUGGGACAACUGCUCCCACUGCUCCAUGGGAAUGUCAAUGGAAGUAAAGUGAUCAUCCAGGAAUUCCAGGAGUGUUGCCGCCAAGGACUGUUCAGUGAAGCGGUCCUUGCUCCAGAUAUUAGUGAUGCUAGUCCUACAAGUCCCAACACUUCCCGCCCGCAGACUCCAGUCAACGAGGACUCUGCUAUCCCUUCUAAAGCCAGACUAAAGCGAAUUAUUUCAGAGAACUCUGUGUAUGAGAAGAGACCUGAAUAUAGGAUGUGUUGGUAUGUCAACUCAGAGGUGCUGAAAAGCUUUGACCAAGAGCACCUUCCUGUUCCCUGUCAGUGGAACUACCUCACGCCAGUCUUUUCUGCAGCCAAGGAGGACAAUAGCAGUGUACCAGGAGUGACAGUGAUACAAACCACUCCAGUUUCAGUAAAGAAGAAGGCAACAGGAAGCAUGUCUAUCACCAUGUUCAUGAAAAAACCUAGGGAUGCAGAACAGGCUGAAGCUGUGGAAAUGGAUGGGUUCCAGGCUGACACAGAAGAAGAGGAGGAAGAUGACUGUAUGAUUGUGGACGUACGCCCAGGGAAAGAUUCUACAUCUGCAAUUACUGAAACUACUUCAGAAUCGGAUGGUGCAAGGGAGAUUGUUCCCAUGCAGGCAGCUAUUGCAGUUGGCCCAUCGAACACAGUUUGAUACUUAAUACCUACUAACUCCUCUGUAUGUAUGUAGAAUUUUUAGGAUUUUUUAAAACUUGUGUAUCUUUGUACAAGAUACUUGAAAGUAUUCCAUAUUUCUUGUAAAGAGAAGACAGCACUUUGGGCUAAAGCAGAACAGAUGAAAGCUUGAAAAUGUUUUAAUAUUUUUAGCUAAAAAUAUUGCAUAUUAAUCUGUCUUUAAUAAAGCAUUAUUGAAAUUGAUAUUUUGUAUGAAAGUAUCUAACUUGUGCUCGCUAAGCAAAAUUAGCUGUGUGAUUUUGCAAAUGUCCGCUUAAGACUUGCCCAUGGGCAUUGCAGUCUGUUCAUAAUUCUGUGUGGCAUGGCUUUUGGGGCAUACAUGGUGAUAUGUAAAAUUUUAUAUUUGAAUUUAUGCUACCACUAUUUUGUCGUUUUUGUGGUCUGCCUUCCUCUAGGGAUACUCCCAGCGAUGACUCUUCUGUGCGGGGAGGGAGAGAAUGUAUGUGAGGUGAUAUAGGCCAGUGUUUCUCAAUGACUGGUCCAUGGGCUGGCACUGGUCCCUGACACUAGGAAUGCAGCAGGUUGGCCCCUGGCAUCAAAAAGGUUGAGACACACUGGUGUAGGCUGAAACCAACUGAAUCCGGGUGAAGAGACUGAAGUGUCUGACAUACAGAUUUUGUUUUAAACCCCUGAUUAGCUAUAUAAUUAGGCUUGGCAGAAUUUGAUUUUUAUCCUUUUGAUUAUUUAAGCAUUAUUAGUUUAAAUCUGCAGUUGUGCAAAAUUGUGGGUUUUAAGCAUUUUUUCAAUAUUUUUGAUUAUCAAUUUAAGUGCUCACAAUUGUGGGAAAUUAUGGGGGAACAAUUAUUUAAUGAGACAGAUUCAAAAUGUUAAAGCUUUAAUGGUGAAAACACCUGUCAACAUGUCAAAAUAUACAAAGUAAAUGUCCUUAAAUCAAACUCUAAAAGUUCUCAAGCAGCAUUUUUCUUCAGUUAUCGGUAGAAAUAUUUCCUUUGGUUUGUGUAUAGUGACAUUGUUCACUGAUUGAAUCCUUCCAAGCCUAGGCAUAGUCAGUGAUGUGUGCAUUUUUUUGCAUGUACAGCUUCAGUGGGAGUGCGUGUAGAGCCGCUAGCACAUAGCUUAUCUAACUUAUGCAAACUUUCAGGCUCUAUGCAUCUCCUCAGCUGAUUGCAAUUUGAAAGUCAGUGCUAGAAUAUGCUGACUCUAGGUAGGUGGGUAAGUAUAUACUCUGGCAAUCUCCGAAGCAUCUGAGGGAUAAUUUGACUCUGCAUUCAGCCUUUUUUGCUUGAUUUCUGCCAGACUACCUACUUGUCAUUGACUACACAGGUUUCAUAGAUUUUUUUUUUUUCCUAAUGGCUAAAAGGGACUGUUAGAUCCUUCUAGUCCUAAGCUCCUCCAAAACAGACUCUCUAGAAUUUUUUCCAGUAAUUCCUGCAUUGAUUCCCAGUAACUUGAACUAUGGCAGAUCUGUGUAAAAAGACAUUUGAGUAAUGGAGAAUGUUAAUCGCAUAAUUUUCAGUUUCAAUUUGUCUACUAGACUAGCCCUUCUAACACUGGUUAUCUUUGCCCUGUGUAUGUAUUUAGACUGAGCAAAUUGCCUCUUUCAUAAAGAGCCAACUCUCACUGGAAAGCAUGGUCCAGCAUUCAGAAUGUUGUAGCUCUUUUCUGAUGGGACUUCCAGUUACACUGCCUGUUUCCUUGAGGGCGGAGGGAAAUAUCCUGUUGCCAUCAGCUAUACCCCUAUGAUGGCUUCUAGUUACAUUUUAAAAAGUUGGCAUUCUGGAGACCACCUCACAGUAGCCUUCUAGAUCAUCCCUGUGCAGGGUAUGAUCUUGAACUCAAAGGCCAGCCUCAUCUGUCCACUUAAGACCCACUUCUGCCUUGUGGAUCAGUUAACUUGUACUCACUGAAAGUUAAAAUGAGAGGGGGAAGAGAGACCUUUUCUUAUCAUUUCACUCCAAGCUCUGCAGUUGGGAUGGGACUAUCAGACUCUAGUGGAGGGAAAGUGAACCCUUUAGGAAACAUACUACAACUAAGGACACAGUGGGUUAUAUCUAUACUAAGGAAAAAGUAUAUAAAAUAUGCACACUUUAUAGCCAUGGCCACUGACAUCACUAUGUCUCAAGUUCUUCUGCAGAAGAACUUAAGCAUGAAAUUGUCUGGACUAGCUAAAUAACUAA